AUGAGUUCUACGUAUGUUGUUGCAUUACAAGUUGUGUUAUCUUGCAUCUGUUUGGUUUUGGCAAAUUCUGUUGACUUCCAUUAUCCGGCAGUUUUCAACUUUGGUGAUUCAAACUCAGACACAGGCGAACUUACUGCAGCUAAGGGAUUUAAACUCGCCCCGCCUUACGGACAAAAUUACUUCAAGACUUCAUCUGGGAGAUUCUGUGAUGGCCGUCUCAUAGUCGACUUCUUAAUGGAUGCGAUGCAUUUGCCAUUUUUAAAUGCCUAUUUGGAUUCAGUGGGUUUACCAAAUUUCCAUCAAGGAUGCAACUUUGCAGCAGCAGGUUCGACUAUCCUUCCAGCAAAUGCAGCGUCGAUUAGUCCAUUCGGCUUUGGCGUUCAAGUAUCUCAGUUUCAGCUAUUCAAAGCCCGGGUUCUUGAAUUUCUUGCAGGCAAGAAAUUUCAUAAAUAUGUCCCAGCCGAAGAAUAUUUCCAGAAGGGGUUAUACAUGUUUGACAUAGGGCAGAAUGAUAUUGGCGGCGCAUUUUAUUCAAAAGACUUGGACCAAAUACUUUCUUUAAUUCCAACAAUUCUACUGGAAUUCGAAAAUGGAAUAAAGAGACUGUAUGACAGUGGCGCGAGGAAUUUUUGGAUACAUAACACGGGUCCGCUGGGAUGCUUGGCUCAGUAUGUUGCCACCUUGGGCAAAGAUACAACGAAGCUCGGUGAACAAGGAUGUCUUCGAGCACACAAUCAAGCUGCUAAAGCCUUUAAUCUACAACUGCAAGAAUUUUGUACUAAAUUGCAGGGCCAAUAUCUAGAUGUAAAUGUUACAUAUGUUGAUAUCUUUACUAUAAAAUAUGACCUCAUUGCAAACUCCUCAAAACAUGGGUUUGAACAACCUAUUAUGGCUUGCUGUGGAUAUGGAGGUCCGCCGUUGAACUGUGACAGUCGCAUUUCUUGUGGACUAACAAAGAUCUUGAACGGGACUACAAUUGCAGCAAAAGGUUGCAAUGAUAGUAGUGUGUAUGUAAGCUGGGAUGGGACUCAUUACACUGAGUCUGCAAAUCAAUACGUCGCAUCACAAAUUCUCACUGGAAACUAUUCCAAUACUCAUUUGUAG